AAACAACUUCCUGGUGAAAAUUGCCUCGAUCUUCCAUCGACAUGCCUAUUUUACCGAAAUGUCUGUCGGGUUUCACUGUCAUUCCAAUUGCAUAUCCAAGUUCAACACAUUACAUCUAUGCGAGAGCUCAUGCCAAAUCUAAAUCCAAAACGAAGCCAACAAUACGAACAGAGCAUGAGCUCACACUGCUAUUCAAACACUGUGGGACAGUAGAGCGCGUCUUAUUUGACUUCAACUCUGCCGAUGCUCUAACAGAGCACGCAUCUGAUUCUGACGAGGAGAUGUCCGAGGCUGCCGUCAAUGAAGAACCUGAUACCGAAGCACGUCCUCGCAAGAAAAGAAAGCUCCAAACUUCCGAACCAACGCCCCCUGAAGUGAUACCCCUCCCUUCUCCAUCCCUUCGCACACUGCGCAAACUGGAUCUUCCCCGUGGUCUCUCUCACUAUAUGGCAAAAUAUGAUAAUGAGCGGCCUCCGCUAGAUGCUGUCAAAGCUCACGCAGACAGCUUUAUGGACCGCUUCGAAUUUGACCUUUCGAAGAGUAAACAGGAGGCCAAGUACCGGAAAGGGGAAGCAAUUGUGGACGAGGACGGAUUCACACUCGUUACGAGAGGAGGUGCUUAUGGACAAACGCUUGGUGGAGGCGUGGGCGUUGCCAGCAAGAAGUUCAUGCUCACUGGGCAAACUGGAAGUAGAAGAAAGAAGGAGAAAAAAAGGAGAAGGAUGUGUUUUACGCUUUCCAGAAGGCUGAAAAACAACGGAAAGGUGACCUUGCUCGACCUGAAGAAGAACUUCGCGGCGGACAAGGAACGUGUCGAAAAACUGAAGGAAUCACGGCGAUUCAAGCCUUAUUAAUUAUCUCUGCCAUACAUUUAGGGAAGUGGGUAUAGUAUAUCGCGAAUGUGAUCUAAUGUCAGGUCCCGGAGUGUCUCGUUCUACGGACGGGUUGUCCCUUCAUUCAGCGCCAGAGGGUGUAUACUGUCAGCAAUCUCCCUCGCUUGUGAUUCUGAAUCAUUGACAGGCCGCCGACCUUGUGGGUCGCGUCGAGGUGGGUGACGAGCUAUGAGCGAGUCACAAUCGCACUGUCCAACAGUGCUCGUUGUAUUUUACUCUACGUCUUCAUUUUGCUGGUCCUGAGCAGACUAGAACUCGCGUAUUGCGUAUCGCCACUACC